AGCUUAAAUUGUGGAUUAGCUGUUGAGCAGAAUUUACCUGUGCUGCCGAAAGCGGUUCCAACUGCCCUAAGAAGUAGAUUUAAAGUGGCUGACAAUUUUCAACUAACUGCUGUGGUCACGAAUAUUGUCACAGAGUUUGAGGGACAGCAGUUGCACCGGUGAUGCCUGGAAAAAUCCCAAAGAGUGGGUAGUUUCACACAUUUGCGGUACACUUCGACAAUACACUUCAACCGGUCGUCCAAAGCAGCCGCAGCAGUGUAGACAUUGUGACGAAUUUCAUCGUUAGUUGUAAUCGGUUUGCCAUACAGAUCGCACAAAGUUAAUCAUUUGCGAGCCACCGGAGCGAUUUGUUUGUUCAGUGAGAGACUUUCUACGGACAAGCUGUGAUAAGGCUAUCUAGAGUGACUAAGAUGUGCCAAGUGAGUUGUUCGGAUGAGGUGCACUUCCACCUCGAGGGAAUGCUAGACAGAGACCAAACAACUGCACCCUCGCUGAGUUUGCGGAAGAACAGGCCGCAAAGAUGCUGUGACUGCUCCAAUUUGUCCGCAUCCUCAAUCAGCCAAACAUCUUCCACAUCGGGACAUCCAGUGAAUCGCUCGAGAUUUCGGGCGAACGGCUUGAGAGUGAGAAGAAAAUUGAGUGGAAAAGUCAAGGACCUUUGUCUACUCCUCGUAUUUGCUUGGAUCUCCCUGAAUAUCCUGCCAGAAGUGACAUCGAAGCCCAUUAGAAUACGACGCACAAUGAUCAGUGACAUGAAGAACAGCGUGAUGGACAAAUUUCGGAAGGACGAGAAGAGGAGCGCCAACGAUCUUGUCAACUUCCAGCGAGUGCAUGAGCUGAUGAAGGCGCACAAAAUUCAAGUGAACAUUACUUACAAUGAGCUUAAUCAUGGCAUUAAAGAUUAUAUUGACCAGGUGUUCCACAAUACGCAGACCCUCAUGAAGUUCCACGAGGCCUGGUCGUGGAUGAAUUUGCCGUGGCUGCACGGUGGCGUGGACAUGCCCAAGGAGUUCCAAGAGAACGUCACGACGGAGUAUCAGGAGCAAAUUCGCUCGCAGGACUGGAGCAAGGCGGAUAGGCUCCUCAACAAGUUCAAGGUGAUGUAUGACAAGUACAAACGAUUGGAUAUCGGCGUCCAAAGCAUCAGUUAUUACUACCAGAACACGGCCAGGGUCCAGAAUAAGGAGUCAAUUGUCCCGUUUAUCGACAGAGUGAAGAAUUCUUCUUCCCGGAUUCUGUGCUCUCUUCACGAUCUUAUCGAUGCUCUCAACUAUGAUGAGGCUACAUUUGAGGCGAGUGACUCAAAUCCUGUGCCUCAGGACUUGAGGACGGAGAAAAACAAUCCUGACCUGCACAAUUGGGUUAUCCUGAGGGAGUACAUGAACGCUCUUGAGCUCUAUAGUGUGGAAUUGAGAAUUAUCAGUGAGCAGAUGCCGAAAUCAAAUGAAAAAUCUGCCUGAAAGUUAAUUCAACGAAGACGUUUAUGCAAUGGAAGAGCUUGUAACAGAUUUUCACCGAUGAAACAUAAGAUUCUUGUUUUUGUCUCAAGAAUAUUUUUAAUUUUUGCCCAAAUAAGCUCAAAUUAAACAUAUAGUAGAGUAAAUUAUCACAUAAUUUUGUAAUAUAUGCUUGUUACGCCCUCUUAGCCUUUUGUGUUAAACAAAUUGUUACAAAAUCUCCACCAACUUAACCUUGUGAAUGUCAUUUGUGACAAUGGAAGUAUAAGAAAUAUUGAGAUAAAGGUUAAACUGUGAUAUAUUUCUUUAAGAAAACAUAAUUAUUGAGUCCAUAUUCAGUUAUAUUAUUGUCAUUUCAUUUAAUUUGCCUUUUAAAUCCUUCCUAACUAUUGAUAAUUUUAUAGUGAAGUUUAUUCGGAAAAAUACGUAAAUUGAUUCCUGGCUUUAUUGCAAAAGAAAGACGAUGUAUUAAGAAUUCUCACAAAAAAACUUGGAAUUAGUGGACAAAUUGUAAAUUUAACAAAUAUGAAACGAAUCAGUAUAUGUAGAGUGUAAAUUUUAGUGACGUAUUUAGUAAAAAUAUUGUUGUUGUGAAAUAUAAAUGAAAACCAAAGGAAA